CCGGCGCUAUGGCAUCCUGCUGGGGCUUUGGGCUCUUCCUCCUCCUUCUCUUCCUCCUCCUCCCGGCUGGGAAGCGGCUGCUGCAGAGGAAGGGGCAGCCCUGACGGCCGCGCUUCCCUGGCAAGAGGCAGGCGGAGCCCCAGAAGUGGAACACAGUUUCCAGUUAAAUGACAAAAUACGCUUAAACUAUGGAGUCCAACCAGGAAACCUCACUCUUUCUGGUGAAGAUCUUGGAGGAGCUGGACACAAAGCAGAAUACUGUUUCUUACCAGGAUCUCUGCAAGUCACUCUGUGCAAGGUUUGAUCUGUCCCAGCUGGCCAAACUCCGUAGUGUGCUGUUUUACACUGCUUGCCUGGAUCCUAAUUUCCCAGCAACUUUAUUCAAAGACAAAAUGCGAUGCACUGUAAACAAUCAGCAAUCAAAGAAAAUCAUGGUGGCAGCAGAUAUAGUAACGAUAUUCAAUCUCAUUCAAAUGAAUGGAGGAGUGGCCAAGGAGAAACUUCCAGUUGCAAGGCAGAAAGUGAAGAAGAAGGAGUCCUUUGAGUCAUGUAGGUCUGACACGGAGAUCUGCAACAUGGCAGAGUGCGUGCCCAACUGUGAGCUGAGUGAGCAGGACUUCAGCCAGGGCUUUGCAGUCAGAAGGUCUUCAAAAUGCAGGAAGAUGGACUGCAAAGACUGCCAGCAGUUUGUUCCCUCAUCAGAGCCCAACUUCUUGCUUGGAGUUAACAAGGAGAUGAAGGGCCGGGCUGCAUCUCUGGACAGGCUGCAGGCUCUGGCAUCCUAUUCCAUUGCCACGUCUCCACCGUGUGAGAUGCAGAGCACGUACUUCCCCAUGAACAUUGAAAAUGAAUCUAUUUCAGACCAAGACUCUUUGCCUAUAAGCACAGGCCUGAAAGAAACUUUCAUUUCAAACGACGAGCCAUUUGUGAUGCAGUCGUGUGUCCAGAAAAGAAAUAUAUUCAAAGAAGAUUUUCAUAAUCUGAUUACAAUAUCUCCCAACUUAAUACCAUCCAACAAAAAGCCAGAAGAUGGACACAGAGAGCCUCAGAACAGAAAAGAAAGCUCUAAGCAGACUUUUUUCAACCACAGCUUUGAAAUGCCAUACAGCAGCCAGUACUUGAAUCCAGUUUAUUCUCCUAUACCAGAUAAAAGACGAGUGAAGCACGAGAGCUUAGAUGAUCUUCAAGCUUCAACGUAUUUCGGCCCAACGACUAUUCUUGGGCCCCAGGACACAAAAAAGUGGACCGGAAAGCCAACCAAACAAACUGCCUGGCCAGCUAAAAGCUGGAGUUUAAAUACUGAGGAGGUACCUGACUUUGAACGAUCAUUUUUUAAUAGAAAGCAGUCAGAAGAGAAGCCACGGUACCAGAGCUCAAAUAACCCAUCUCCAAACUUCCCUUCAGCUGACAGACAUCAGUCCUACCUAAAUCCGAAGGAUCAGCAACCCAUUAUGCAGACAAACUACGCUGUGAAACAAAAUGGACACAAACCCAAGGAAAUUCCUUCCAUUCUAGAUGUGGAAAAGCACGAGCCAGUCAAAAAGUUUAAGGACAAAAGCAUUAAUUGCACUUCUGUUCAGAUCUUAAGUAUUGACAGAACCAUGAGUGUUGGGACACAAACGGAGCAGCAAGUCCUGGACCAUAAGAAAUGUAAGGAUUUGUGUGCACCUGGCCAAGCCAAGUAUGCAGAGCGGCACUCUCUUAAGCACUCAGAUGAUGACUCUGAAAUAGUGAGUGAUGAUAUCAGUGACAUUUUCCGGUUUUUGGAUGACAUGAGUAUCAGUGGGUCCACAGGAGUGAUGCAGUCUUCGUGCUACAAUAGCACUGGUUCCUUGUCUCAGAUGCAUAAAUCAGACUGUGACAGCUCACCUGAGCACAAUCUGACUAAAAUCUCCAACGGGAGUGCCUGCAACAAAUUAGAUAAAGUGGUCCGGGCAGAUAUCAGUAACGUGGAUGAUGAACUGAAAACAAGUGUCUGCAAAUUAGUUUUGAGGAUUGGUGAAAUAGAGAAGAAACUUGAAUCGCUCUCAGGCGUCCGAGAAGAAAUCUCCCAGGUCCUGGGAAAAUUAAGCAAGUUGGAUCAAAAAAUUCAGCAGCCAGAGAAGGUCAGCGUGCAAAUAGAUCUCAACUCACUGACAAGCGAUGCCGCAUCAGAUGAAAGUAAUUCCCCCCAGAUAUUUCAGUGCCACAACACUCCUCAUGGAAGCAAAUUAGAGAACAAUCCUGAAUGGUGCUGUUCAGACGCCAGCGGAAGUAACAGUGAGAGUCUUCGAGUAAAGGCCUUAAAAAAAAGCUUAUUUACUAGGAGGUCAUCAAGAUCAUUAACAGAGGAAAAUAGUGCAACUGAAUCCAAAAUAGCAAGCAUUUCAAACUCUCCUCGAGACUGGAGAGCCAUUACUUACACCAACAAAGUUGGCAUCACAGACGAGGAAAUGAAAGAUAGAGAUGGAGGAGAAAACAAGGACUGGCACAGGAAAUCUAAAGAGGCAGACAGGCAAUACGAAAUCCCACAGCCACAUAGACUCCCCAAACAGCCAAAAGAUGCUUUCUUGAUUGAACAAGUCUUUAGUCCUCAUCCUUACCCUGCAUCACUCAAGUCACACAUGAAAAGCAACCCGCUCUACACAGAUAUGAGGUUGACAGAACUGGCUGAAGUGAAACGUGCCCAGCCGUCGUGGACCAUAGAAGAAUACACGAGGAAUUCAGGGGAUAAAGGCAAGAUUGCAGCAUUGGAUCUACAAACUCAAGAAUCUUUAAACCCGAACAACUUAGAGUACUGGAUGGAAGACAUUUAUACUCCUGGCUACGAUUCCUUGUUAAAGCGCAAAGAAGCCGAGUUCAGAAGAGCAAAGGUGUGCAAGAUAGCUGCCCUGAUAGCAGCGGCCGCUUGUACGGUGAUCCUGGUCAUUGUAGUUCCCAUUUGUACAAUGAAAUCCUGAACCCACAGACAGAGCCGUGACUGCAGCUGGGCGCAUCUCAGAGAGCUCACUCCCUGUUUCAAACAGCCUGUGGCAAAACUGUAGAGGAAUCUGCUAAGGAGGAACGUUCUGAGGAUAUCCUGAUGGAGAGUGCUGCAAACGCAGACAAAACGUGAAAUGAUGAGAGAGAAGGUUUUUUGAGAAGUGUUAUUUUAAAUAAUGGUCCGUGUGCGUGGCAGAGCUGAUGGGAACUCGGUUCCAUUUUUAUGCAUUUUUAGAAGUGCAAUAUUUUUUUUCCUAAAGAGACAAUAUAAUGUUUUCCAGAGACUGAUGAGAAUCCAGAAAAAGGGUGAGGUUUGUCUGAGCUAUGUUGCAUUCGGUGGAGGUGUGAGUACCUGCAGGAAGCACUGUAUAGAAGGGAAUGUUGUAUAUGCAUUACAUCGGGGAGCUGCAAAUGUCUUAAAGCUCUACAAUGUAGAAAACUCUGAAUGUAUUGUAUUUAUUUUAUAGUAUUUAUGCAUAUCAUGAUCAUUUGAUUGAAAGCAGACUGUGUAGCCAUGAACAGAGUUCAUUUCUAUGUUCAGAUUAAAAAGGGCUCUUUAUAUUUGGUCUUGCCCUAAGACCCACUGUCAUCACUGAGUACUUAGAUAAGUGCAAUGUGCUGCAGACCAAAAAGAUUAUGUUCUAAAGCAAUCAAAGGAGGUUUCAGUUGCUUCUGUUGAAUAACAUUUGCAUAGAGCUGGCAAACAUGCCUUGCCGAAAGGGUAUUCUUUACCUCUGCAGACAGUGGAAUUGUCUCAAUUUCACUCCUGCCAGCAAGCAAAGCUGGCAAAUCCAAGCAACACUCUGCUGAAGUUCUUGCAAAUGUAAUCUGAACAGUUAUAAUUUUGUCACAAAGUCUUUGUGCCUUUUUUUAGACUGUGGAUUAAAUAGAACGGUUUAAUUUUGCUAUUUUAAGCCCAUAACAUAAAUCAUGGCAUAAUGGGUACUAAUGGAGCUUCUUUUCCCGCAAGCCUUCUAUACAGUUCAGAUUGCUCUUCAAAUUGCAGGGCUGGUGGUUACUGAGCACUUAUAUUAAGGGCACAGUUUUUCAGCGCUGGUGGAAACUUGCUGUUAAUGCAAUGCAUUCAGCGCAGGGAGCCCUUCUGCUUCCCUAGUGCUAAUGUGCUUAAGAAUGAUGGUUGACUCUACUGGGCAGCAAGAAGUCUGUAACCCCAUGAGAAACAUCCAUUUAAUGCUCUAUUCCAAAUGCACGUAGCAGGUUAAAAGGAAUUCUCAAGCUAUGACAGAAACUCCCUGUCAUGCAGUGUGUAAGUAAAUACCCGGACAGUAUUUCUCUUCUGUCACAGAUAGAUGGGAAAAAGUAUCUAAAAAAAGUAUUUUCAAGAAUUAACGUGAUCUUGCUGGUCUUCUGAGAGAAAUGAGAUCCUCUCAGUAAAUGCUUUUUACGGAAGGUAAUUUGGCUCCUUCACAGCCAUGUAGCAGCUGUGAGAGUGUCCCCUGCCCGUCCCACUCUGGGUGGAUGGGAUGCACAGCCUACACCAAAACCUGCACCUCCUGGUGCAAUCCUGACCCAAAUCCUGUGGUUUUUUUUUCCCCAUUUCUAUACUAAGAUUUCUCUUUCCUUCCAGGUGCUGCAGGAUGGAGUCACAGUAGACAGGGAAUAAUUCACACCAUCUAUUUUGGGCUCCCCUAAGGCCUUCUAUCACCAUGUGAUUCAGAGCACCUAUGUUUAGGAGCUCAGCUUCCAUACGUAGUAAAUAUAGACAGGUAGAGUAACCCCCAGGGAUGUUUCAGAACUGCCAGCAAGAUGUCUAAUUUUAGACAUGUGAAUACUCUCCGCAGAGCCAUUGCUCUGCAUUUUACCUUAUGCACAAUUUAUGUUGAUUGUAGAUGUAGAAAUCUCACUGGUUCCAGGUAGCGACAGGAAGUUCUAAUGUUAUUUGUUGGCAUCAAGGAAUUUUUGCAUUAGGGACAUCAAAUAUCCUGAGGAUCUGGGAGGAGAUUGAGUCAUGAAGCUAAGAGCUCAGCAUCCCAAGUACCCCUAAUUUACUGAAACGCUUUUGCCCAUCCUCCCAUUGAACAGAGGCAACCCAUCCCAUUGUAGCAGCAUGCCAGCACAUGGUUUGGCACAAAUCCCUAAUUUGAGCUCCGUUUGGCUCUCGCAGUGUCUGGGAAGCAUCUCAGCAGUGCUAGGAGCCCAUGGGCAGUGGGGAAGGCAGAGCCCGGCUCCACCUCCAUGCUCCACAGAUACCUCCAGGAGCCACCACUUUGCCUUCCCUUGUAGAAAAUGGGCAUCCCUAGGCUUCCCCUAUGGAAAAUGGGCAUUCCAAGUCUUCCCAUUGAGUUCCUCAUCUUUGCUUAAAAUAGAUAAGGGUGGUGCAGUGGUGGCUGCUGCUGCUGCCAGAGGAGAGCAGCCCAGGAAGGAGGGACCCUUCAGCCCUGUGCAGAAUGUAUAAAACAAGGGGAGGUCCUACAAUAGAAACCUGUGAGAAUAUUGUGGUUGACCUUGUGAACCAGUUAUCAACUCAUAUAUGCUGUAUACUACAUGAUAGACUUUUGUAUUUAAAAAGAAAAAUAAACUAAAGCUAUAGGUACAUUGUAAUCCUUGGUGUGAUUGAAAAAAAAAAAAAAGUGUCUUAGAUUGUAUUAUUUAAUUAAAAUUAUGAUGAACAUAUUGAACUGUUUUUCGUAUUUAUGCCUUAUAAACUUGAUAUAUUACACAUGAUAAAAUGCAACUGCAAGAAUUACAAAAUUAAAUAAAUAGUAUUCUGGGGGCGAAUCCUGUUUACUUUUCCUACAACAGGAGAGCUGCAGAAAUCAGCUCCAUAAGUCAUAUGUGUAGAAGUGCAAGAACAGAAUCUGUCCCCAAAUGACUUUUUAGGAUUUUUUUUUUUUUUAAUGGGGCUUUGGUUAAUGUACAAUGUAAUGAUUUUAUUUUAUAAAGUAACUGUACAAUGUUGCCUUUCGGUUCAUUUAAAUAUAAUACCAAAUAAACUUGAAAAUUACAGUGUCCCAA